CGCUUUUAAUGGCUGCCGGUUGUUUGGUUUGCACGCCACUGACGCUACAAUUUCCUUGUUUUAUUAAGAACACCGUCAGAUUUUUAGUGUCAUAUUUCAAUUACCAUAUGCUGUAUUGUAUUUUCUAGUCAGUGUACCAUAAUUAAUUAUCGGUAGUGAUUAAAACCUCGAAAUGGCAGCAGUACAAGGUGCACCAGGAAACAAACCGUGGCCGGUCAGACCUGGUGUUCAGCAUCAGAACAGCCAGAAUAACAACAAUUUGACGCUAAACAGGACGAUAAACCUGUACCCCUUGACUAAUUACACAUUUGGCACGAAGGAGCCAUUGUUUGAGAGAGACGCUUCUGUACCGGCAAGAUUUCAACGCAUGAGGGAGGAAUUUGUGAAAAUUGGCAUGAGGAGGUCAGUCGAAGGUGUGUUGUUAGUGCACGAACAUGGUCUUCCACACGUGCUGCUGCUGCAGUUAGGGACCGCCUUCUUCAAGCUGCCUGGCGGAGAACUCAAUCCUGGAGAAGAUGAAAUUGAGGGGCUGAAAAGACUACUUACAGAAACUCUCGGCAGGCAAGACGGCGUCAAGCAGGAGUGGCUCAUUGAAGAUACUAUUGGCAACUGGUGGCGGCCGAACUUCGAGCCGCCGCAGUACCCGUACGUGCCGCCGCACAUCACGAAGCCCAAGGAGCACAAGCGGCUGUUCCUGGUGCAGCUGCAGGACCGCGCGCUGUUCGCGGUGCCCAAGAACUACAAGCUGGUGGCGGCGCCGCUGUUCGAGCUCUACGACAACGCGCAGGGCUACGGGCCCAUCAUCUCGUCGCUGUCGCAGAGCUUGUGCAGAUUUAACUUUAUUUACAUGUAAAGUGUUAACAAUGACUAUUGGUCGGUUGUUUUAUACUACAUAAGCAUAUUUUAUGCUAAUACCAUGUUAGGUAGACACUAUACUCUGUAUCUGUAGGUAUAUAAAAGUAAACAAAAUCUACCCUCAAAUGGCUCCUUAAGCCAGUUGAGGGUAGAUGGAAACAUUACAUGAUCAAAUAAUGUAGGUUAAAGUCGGGUCGUUCAGGGACAGAUCCAGGCGGUUUUGUAUUUGGUUGGUUAACCAAUAAAUGUUAUAACUACCCGAAAAUUUACAAAUUGUUUGUUUACUUUUAUUUAAAUACCUAAAGAUACAGAGCAUAGGGUGUAUUGCAUGUUGCCAACAUGACCAUUUUCUAAUACAUAUUUCGCUGUGUUAUGGUACUGACUUGAUGACCGGUCUGGCCUAGUGUGUGACCCUGCCUAUGAAGCCGAUGGUCCAGGGUCCGAAUCCCGGUAAAAUAUUUUUCUUCUUAAAAAAAUACAUUUUUACAUGUUCAUGUAAUUUCACUAAGAAUCGUAAAUUGAUUUGUUCGUAACGAGUUUUAUAAAGUAUUGACCAAAUAUAGUCAUUCUUAUUACUGUAGUUUUAAUGAAAAAGGACAGUUUACAAUAAGUAUGGAACAUUGUAUGAAUGUUUGUAGUAUAAGUGCAUUUGACUAAAACAUGAAGAAAAAACAA